GUUCGCUGCUGUCAGCCUUAAGCACACCAAGAAGAAGCUGUCAUGGCGGAAUUUCGUGCACAGCUCCAGGCCUUGGCGCAGGCCGGCGGCUCGCACAAGGACCUGGCCGACAAGUACCGUCACACGCUCGAGGCUAUCCUCAAAACGACAGGGAAGGAACUCUCCGAUGGCCUGAAAGCCUUUGUAGAAGCGCUGGUUGACGAGAACGUGAGCCUGGUGAUCUCGCGGCAGAUCCUGACGGAGUUCUGCAGCCACCUGACCAAGCUGCCGGACGACGUGGCGAAGGACGUGGCGCACUUCACACUCGACAAGGUCCAGCCCCGAGUCAUCUCAUUUGAGGAACAGGUGGCGUCUGUUCGGCAGCACCUGGCGCAGCUGUACGAGAACGAGUCGUGCUGGCGGGACGCGGCGCACGUCCUGGUGGGCAUCCCGCUGGAGACCGGGCAGAAGCAGUACUCCGUCGAUUACAAGCUCGAGACUUACCUCAAGAUCGCCAGGCUGUAUCUUGAAGAUGAGGAUCCAGUACAAGCGGAAGCGUACGUGAACCGCGCCUCGCUCCUACAGGCAGACUCCACCAACCCCCAGCUGCAGAUCCUGUACAAGGUCUGCUACGCCCGUGUGCUUGACUACCGCAGAAAGUUCAUCGAGGCGGCGCAGCGCUACAACGAGCUGUCGUACAAGACGAUUGUGCACGAGGACGAGAGGAUGGAGGCGCUGAAGCACGCCCUGCACUGCACCGUGCUGGCCUCCGCCGGGCAGCAGCGGUCGCGCAUGCUGGCCACGCUGUUCAAGGACGAGCGUUGUCAGCAGCUGCCCUCCUACGGCAUCCUGGAGAAGAUGUACCUCGACCGCAUUAUCCGCAGUGACCAGCUUCAAGAGUUUGCCGCCCAGCUGUCGCCGCACCAGCUGGCAACCACGGCGGACGGUUCCACCAUCCUGGACCGCGCCGUGAUCGAGCACAACCUGCUCUCCGCCAGCAAGCUCUACAACAACAUCACCUUCCAGGAGCUGGGUGCUCUGCUGGAGAUCCCGCCGGCGAAGGCGGAGAAGAUUGCGUCCCAGAUGAUCUCGGAGGGGCGGAUGAACGGCUACAUCGACCAGAUCGACGGGAUAGUCCACUUCGAGUCGCGGGAGGCGCUGCCCAUGUGGGACAAGCAGAUCCAGAGCCUCUGCUUUCAGGUCAACAACCUGCUGGAGAAGAUAUCCCAGCAUGCACCUGACUGGGCGGCAUCCGCCAUGGACGCACAGAUGUCGUCGUGACCUUGACAGCUCCAGUUUCGUCGUUGCACCCCCAAAUUUUGUCAGGUGAUAGUCUGUCUGUCUGUAUCUGUAUCGGUAUAGCCGGUAUAACACACCAACUUCACGGGCACACAGUGCUGCAUCAGCUGGCUACAUUACACUGAUCGACUUGUUACACCUAACCCUUGAACAUCUAACUCUAGACAUUGUUCAAAGCUAUCGAAUGAUGCCCCUAGUGCCCCCUGAGACAGCGAGUUUCACUCUGCGUUAGCUCUAGGGAAGAAUGUUUUUGAACACCUCAAUCCUUGGUUGAUAACUUGGUUGAUAGUCAACUCUCAAGUUGCAUUAUGUUUUGUGCAGAUAUCCGUCAUGGAGUGAAGUUUAAGGGACCUUGUGGUAAAUUGAAGUUUCAAGGGACCCCUAUUAUCACUAUAUGUUGUCAUAAGUUGUUAUGAUGAAUAUAAUAUUUCAUUGUAUCUGUAUCUGUAUAUACAUGUAGCCGGUAUUACCGCCCCUCUGAGUAACACACCAGCUUUGCAGGCACGUGGUGCGUCAGCAGCUGGCUAUACAAUGUAUUACACUGAACUCUCUUCAGUUGUUCUAUGAACAACAGGCAAUUGUGCAAAUCAGGGAAGAGACAUCCUUGUAGUGUACUAAGUUGUAGACAAAUGCUGUCUCAUUCAAGGACAGCAAAAUGGCUAGUGUUAAGACUGGUGCUGUUCUCUGAACUUCAAUGCAUAGAGCAUUGUCCUUCCUGUUGAUACAUGCCAGUGGUAAGAGAUCUUAUUGAGACCGAAACAUGUUGAUAUGUGGCGCCUAUUUGCCAGCAGAGUUCUGUGAAAAGUCAUCAUAUAUAAAUAAAGGAGAAAAAGUCUAUGUG